GCAACCUGAAAAUCAAACCUCUUCCCCAGCAGACAAGGUUGGCUGGUGAUUGGUGAAUGCCCCACUUACAACAAACUACACAAAGCGCUGUUACACCUACCGCUGCCUCCAUAUCUUUUUCUUCACAGUAGCUUUUCGAAAAAGAAAGUAAAAUCUUCAGAGAAAAGGUAGAGAAAGAGCGGUAGGAGAAUCUUGUAGACGCAGAAGAAAUGGCCCAAGUGAGCAAAAUCUGCAAUGGGGCUCUAAAUAAUUGUAGUCUCCCCAAUCUCUCGAAACCCCAAAGACCCAAAUACUUAUCUUCAAUUUCAUUUAGAUCACAACUUCAGGGGUCUUCACUUUCAUGGGCUUUAAAGCAGUGUCAAAGGAAGGCUGACUAUGAAGUUGGUACAGUUAAGAUGAUCCCUGUUAGAGUUUCAGCUUCAGUAGCCGCAGCGGAGAAGCCUUCAACAGCACCAGAGAUAGUCUUGCAACCCAUUAAAGAAAUCUCCGGUACCGUCAACUUGCCGGGUUCCAAGUCUCUAUCCAAUCGGAUUCUCCUUCUCGCAGCUCUUUCUGAGGGUAUAACUGUUGUUGACAACUUGCUGAACAGUGAUGAUGUUCGUUACAUGCUUGGUGCACUGAGAACGCUUGGGUUGCAUGUGGAAGACAAUAGUGAACUCAAACAAGCCAUUGUGGAAGGUUGUGGCGGUCAUUUUCCAGUGGGUAAAGAAUCAAAAGAUGACCUUGAACUUUUCCUUGGAAAUGCAGGAACAGCAAUGCGUCCAUUGACUGCUGCUGUUACGGCAGCAGGUGGAAAUUCAAGCUACAUACUUGAUGGGGUCCCACGAAUGCGAGAGAGACCAAUUGGAGAUUUGGUUGCUGGUCUUAAGCAGCUUGGUGCAGAUGUUGAAUGUUCUCCUACUAACUGCCCCCCAGUUCGUGUAAAUGGAAAGGGAGGCCUUCCUGGGGGGAAGGUUAAGCUCUCUGGUUCAAUUAGCAGUCAAUACUUGACUGCUUUGCUCAUGGCAGCUCCUUUGGCUCUUGGAGAUGUAGAAAUUGAGAUUAUUGAUAAAUUGAUAUCCAUUCCUUAUGUUGAUAUGACUUUGAAGUUAAUGGAACGAUUCGGAGUCACUGCAGAACACAGUGGUAGCUGGGAUCGUUUCUUCAUUCGUGGGGGUCAAAAGUACAAAUCUCCUGGAAAAGCUUUUGUUGAAGGUGAUGCUUCGAGUGCCAGUUAUUUCCUGGCUGGUGCAGCAAUCACUGGUGGAACCAUCACUGUUGAAGGUUGUGGAACAAGUAGUUUGCAGGGGGAUGUAAGGUUUGCUGAAGUGCUUGACAAAAUGGGAGCAAAAGUCACCUGGACAGAGAACAGUGUUACUGUGACUGGACCACCACGCAAUUCUCCUAUUAAAAAGCACUUGCGAGCUAUUGAUGUCAACAUGAACAAAAUGCCAGAUGUUGCUAUGACAUUGGCCGUGGUUGCACUUUUUGCUGAUGGCCCUACUGCCAUAAGAGACGUGGCCAGUUGGAGAGUUAAAGAAACAGAACGGAUGAUUGCAAUUUGCACAGAGCUCAGGAAGCUCGGAGCAAAUGUUGAAGAGGGACCAGACUACUGUUUGAUCACUCCACCUGAGAAACUGAACAUCACAGAGAUUGACACUUAUGAUGAUCACAGAAUGGCCAUGGCGUUCUCCCUUGCUGCCUGCGGGGAUGUUCCAGUCACAAUCAAGGACCCUGGUUGCACAAGAAAAACUUUUCCAGACUACUUUGAGGUCCUUGAGAGGUUCACUAAGCAUUGAGCCACACUUCAACAGUCACAAUUAAUAAUAGAGAGAUAGGUUUACCAGCAGUGUCACUGCAACUAUGAUGAAGCAACCUAUAUGUAAUAAUUUUCCCCACCUGAUUGCCCAUUGUAAUCUUUGAUAAUUUAUGCGAGGUGAUGUUUGUUAGUGUCCCA